AUGUCCUCCCAAGUGAGACUGAGGCUGCUGCCGAGCGCCAGAUGCUUGUUUGAUGAGCCCGUUCAGGUGAAGGUGGCCGGGCUGAGGUCGAGACAGGCGGUCACCAUGAGAGCCAGAUCGACUGACGAGAAGGGGGUGGUGUUCAGCUCCUCGGCCACCUACAGGGCUGAUGGGAGCGGGGAGAUCAACCUGGACAGACACCCCUCACUCGGUGGGAGCUAUGUUGGGGUUGAACCCACGGGCCUGCUGUGGUCGAUGAGGGCAGACAGACCACACAAAAGGUUUCAAAAAACCAAUUCACUAAACCCCCACGUGGUGAAGUUCUCUGUGCACGAGGAGGGAGGUGAGGGCAGGAUGCUGGCAGAGGCGACCAAUGAGAGGGUUCUCAUGGGAGACGGAGUCAGACGGGCCCUCGUCAAAGAGGGGAACAUUUGGGGAGUCCUGUUUACUCCCCCAGGAGACGGUCCAUUUCCUGCUGUGUUGGAUCUGUGCACCUUAAUGUCAGAGAAAAGAGCCUGUCUGCUGGCCAACAAAGGCUUUGUGGUUCUGGCUGUGGGGGUGUACACUGAUCAGCCUGACAACGUCAAAGAGAUACUUCUGGACCGCUUUGAAGAAGCAAAGGAUUUCUUACAACGACAACCUCAGGUGGGCAGUAAAGGAGUUGGUGUAAUAUCACGAUCAAAGGGAGCAGAUGUUGCGCUCUCACUUGCUGCUUUUGUGCCAGAUGUUGAGGCCGUAGUGUGGAUCAACGGCUGCAGCGCCAAUGUUGCCCUCCCCCUCUACUAUAAGAAACACCAAAUCCUUUCACCGCUACUGUUCAACUUUGACAAGGUGAUUCCCACUGAGUCAGGAGCUGCUAUUUGCAAGUAUGGUGUUAAAGAUCCCCUGGCAGAGGAGAACAAGGGCAGCCUGGUCCCCAUUGAACGAGCAGAAGGACGUUUCCUCUUUGUGGCUUCAGAGGACGACCUGAACUGGGACAGCAAAGGUUAUGCAGACGAGAUGAUGGAGAGACUGAAGCGUCAUGGGAAGGAGAACUUUGAGAGUGUGUAUUACCCAAGAGCUGGACACUUACUGGAGCCACCGUACGGGCCACACUGCCCCUCAUCCAGGCAUGGGGUCCUCAGCUUUCCAGUGUUGUGGGGAGGUGAGCCCAAGGCUCAUGCAGCAGCUGAAGUCCACCUGUGGAAGAAGAUCCAGGAGUUCUUCAGAACUCACCUGAGCUGCGAUGCCACACAGACUGAAGCCAAGUUAUAG